AUGUCUCUAGCUUCCAACACGACCGCGACGAGUGCUGCUAGUGUUGGCUCUCCGCCGUUGUUGCCGGCGGUCCCGGCCUUGGAUAACACGUUCGGGGCCGUCCUGAUAGGCACCUGUAUCGGCCUGAUUUUUUACGGGCUCACCGCUCACCAGACAUACCGAUACUUCCGCCUAUACCCGAACGAUGUGUCGAUCCUCAAAGUCUUGGUUACGGUAUUGAUGUACCGUAUCCUGCGCCUCUGGGACGAUUUUGCCGCACCCGCUCACACGGUUUCCAUACAGGUCUUUGGAGACUUUUCACACUACACUAUGCAUCCACAUGUGGUACGAGUCACAAUCUCUCUUGCUACACGCAUCACUAAAGUGAUUUGGCACAGCUACUACUAUCUCACUACGAACUACUUCAACCCCGCCUCGCUUCUCAGCGGUGUAUGGUCCCUCCGGCUCAUUCCUGUGGUGACGGGAACGGUGAUAUUCGUUUGCCACAGUUUCUACGCACGUCGUGUCUACCUCAUCGGCGGCCUCUACAGGCCCCUUGUGGCUAUCGUAAUUUUGCUGAUGUUCGGCGAGCUUAGCUUCGUCGUCGCGUCAACGACAGAGGCAUUUUUGCAGCCCUCAUUUGCCAGUUGGGAGCAUUUCACAUGGCUCAUAUCCGCUGGUUUCGGCUGCGCCGUCGGGGCAGACGCUGUUCUGACGUCUGCGCUGACAUUCGUCUUGCACCGCAGUCGGACGGGUUUCAAGAGUACGGACUCCAUGAUUGAUGUUCUCAUCGUCUACACUAUCAACACCGGACUGUUGACCGGACUCUUCAGCGUGCUAUCUUUGGUUUUCGCGGUCGUCUUCCCGAACAACCUGAUUUAUGUCGCCCUCAACAUGGUUUCGACGAGAUCUUACGCAAACUCCGUCCUUGCCGUGCUGAACUCGAGGCGCUCGCUGGUGGAACGUCGAUUCGCCGAACUCGAAGCCGGCACCUUCGGUAUGAGCGCGCUCGACUCCGGCGACACGCGACCGAAGGUCCCAGAGCGUGAGGAUGUCAUACAGUUGCCGCCGCGAGUACGGUCCACGGUUAUCGACAUCAAGGUUCAGGCCGAUCACGUCCAGCGUGCGGACAGCACGGAAACGCUCAGUGUCGUGGAAGUCAAGAAAUCCCACUGA